AUGUUUUCUAACGACAAGUGCUGCUUUAGGAGAUUUGUUCCGGGAGGAAAGCUCAGGUCAACAUUUACUUAUCCAAAUCUAAAUAAUUAUCUAGUUCACUAUAUCAUGUCAGUUGUCGAAUUAAUCAAGCUUUCGUUCUCCCACAUCAUGAGAGAAAAAUGUUCUCAAAUGAAACACUUGGAAACAACACAAUGUUUAAAUAGGUUGAAAAUCAGCAAGGAACCUGACAUUCCACCAACCUUGAUGAACUUUUCAUUUUCAUUCUUCUCCACUCAAUUGAAAUGA